AUGGCAGAGGGUCGUGGCUUUCCUGGCAUGUUGGGUAGCAUUGACUGCUUGCAUUGGCAAUGGAAAAAUUGUCCAAAGGCGUGGAAAGGUAUGUACAUGAGUGGUUAUCGUGGGGUUGAAACCAUAGUACUUAAGGUUGUAGCAUCUUCAGACCUUUGGAUAUGGCAUGCGUUCUUUGGAGUUUCUAGUUCAAAUAACGAUAUCAACGUAUUAGAUUGUUCUCCAGUAUUCGAUGAUAUUCUAAAUGACCGUGCUCCGGAGGUAAAUUAUACUAUUAAUGGUAAUAAUUAUACUAUGGGAUACUAUUUAGCAGAUGGUAUUUAUCCUGAAUGGGCCACAUUUGUCAAAUCAAUCUCAAAGCCACAAGGAGAGAAACGCAAGUUAUUUGCACAAUACCAAGAAUGGCAAAGAAAAGAUGUGGAGCGAGCAUUCGGAGUGUUGCAAGCACGCUUUGCAAUUAUACGUGGUCCAGCUCGCUUUUGGGAAAAGAAGAAGCUUGCCAACACAAUGAGAGCUUGUAUUAUAUUGCAUAAUAUGAUUGUUGAGGAUGAAAGAGAUACUUAUGCAGGAAAUUUUGCUCAAGGCUUAGAGUAUGAUGAUGUCGAAAAUGGCUUAUCACAACCUCAGCUGUGA